ACAGUUUGAUGGUGUGGGGGAGGGGGAGAUCUUUUGUAUUUACUCAAGUACUGUAGAAGAAGAUCUUACCCCACUCCCGUCGACUUGCUCAAGUUUGGUAGGGAGUAGAAAUCGAUCAUUGCUUGAUGCAUGGAAAAGAAAUCAAUGGAUGAUCAACUGCGCCGCAGCAAGGACCCUUUCUCUACUCUACCGCCUAGAUACCUCUCCACUUCUCCUUCACGAACAUGGCAUAGCAUGAACAGAAAAGACAAGGUAGGAAACCCAGGUUAGUUGCUAGUGUUUGAGAUCUAAAAGAAGCCAUUCCCAUCUUUGUACCUGUGUACCUCUGUCCUUUCGUUCCACGUUUCUCUACCCACUAUCACCUGAGUAAACAUGCACUUCCCUUCAAUUUCAAUUCCAAUUUCCAUUAUUCUAUUUCAUCUUUCAAUCACAAACGCACAAUCCAUAGCCACCUAUCUCUCCCAGAUCCCCCUGUGCGCAUUAGAUUGUAUAGCCAAAGGCGCUGUAACAGCGAGAUGUGGAAGUACCGAUUACGAGUGUGUGUGUGGAACUGCGAAGCCGGAGGUGAUUAAGAAUAUCACGCCUUGUAUCGCAACCGGGUGUACGAUUCCUGAUGCUUUAAGUAUGUUGAUUUCGUCUUUCUUUAUCUCCUUUCUAUUCCCACUAUCCUCUUCAUUAUUUCAUAUCAAAAGAGGAAGGAGACCGAAAUACUAAUAGCGAAAUAGCGGCACAAAAGAACGCCGUCCUAGUCUGCGGACUUAUCACUUCUAGAACGUCGAAUUUUACUUCGACCACUUCUAUGAGUUCGAGCAUCCAAAGUUCUUCUACAUCCUCUGUUUCUUCGGCUGCGGUGACGGUGCUUUCGGGCCCGGGGACGAAGACUGCUGCGGUACAGACGUCGAGUGUUACUUCUUCGGCUGCGGCAGCGACCAGCUCUAGUCCGGGGGAGAAAGUUCGGGUUACGGGGGGUUUAAUUGGGGCUGGUCUGGGCUUCGUUGGUGCGUUUGUUUUGUGAUGAAGAAGUCCUUAAAGGUGAUGAGGAUGUGGAAGGUGUAUAUACGACGAGCCACGAGUGAUAUAGAUGGGAGGAGGUUCUGUAUAACCCUCAUAUUUUGACUUUGAGCGAACACAUAAGCAUGAGCAUUGUUUGGGAGUUGAUGAUUUUUAGCUUUUAGA